UUGGAACAAACGAUGGUGAUAGGUUCUUGUUUACUCGCGCGUUAGAGGUUUUAUUCGCGACGACGCGAGUGUGCCGAUGAUCAGUGAUUUUUUGUUCGUAUCAAAUAUCGAUUGAGAGAGAAUAGAAUUUUUCAACGAAUAAAAAGAAUUUUCCAUUAAUAUGGAUAAACAAUCGCCGUGUCCUUGAUACAUUUACGCUCAAGCUACUAUUUAUUAGACCGAGAAAUCAGACUAAAAAGAUUCUUUAUUAUAUUAACACGUAGAAAAGAAUACGACAAAGCUUUCACGCUUCACUCGCGAAAGGAAUAUUCGAGUAAUCGAGCUUUCACGACACGAUAGAAAUUUGAUUAUCCUGAAUGGACGUUUUUAGAAUUUAUUUAUUUAACAACAAGUUGUUAGAAUUGAAGGGAAAAUCGAAAUUAUUCUCGUGAUCUUCUUUUUAUUUUCUUUCCUUCCUUUUCUCUCUUGUGUGUGUUUUACUUGACUUCUCUCACAGUAAAUUCUUCUCACGUUGGCAGCUUGCCCGAGAGUAUACGACUUGUUAAUACGUGUAAACGUACGCGUGUAAAUAGCCUUUUGUGUAAAUAACGACCUUGCAUACGCGUAAGAUACUUUUAAUAACGCUGAAGUAAUGUGAUACUUGUUGGUAAUUCAUGCAAAUACGUCGAUGCAAUUUUAAUGCGUAUUAUGAUAUUAACGUGAAGCUUUUGCGAGUCGGUCGAACGUAGAAGAUCAUUUACGAGGAUUUUUUCUUUAAUGAAAGAGGAAUACGGAUUUAAACGAUGGGGAAUAUAAGAAGUUCUCCUCGGUUUCAAAGAUAAAUGUAAUAAAAGAUUUUUCAAGAAUACGUUGAUAUAGAGAACAAAAGGGAGAAACUUUCAAUUAUUACGAUGACCGAGAAGACGAGCUUAUCAUUUCAAUCGCCUACGAUGGAGGAGCACGAAAGAAAUCUGAUGACUGGGACGUUGGAGCAAAGAAAAGAAGCUUUCAAGGAGGACGAGGAACUCAUGAGGGAAACGACGAAAUUUGUGACGGAGGUUAUCGAAACAGCGGCCAUAGAAGCUUCCAAAAGGAAGGAACAAGAGGAGGGAGGUGACUUUGGCGAAGGCAGUAGUUUGAAAGGAGGCAAUACCAUCGCCGGCUGGAACAACCGAGCCCGUGGCUUCUGCAAUCGAAUUUUGAACGCACUUUGCCCGUGCUUCAGCAACAAUGAACUAUUCAACUGGACUCCAUACCGAUAUCGCUUCACGAGACCCUAACCGUUCACCGACGACACGAACUUCCGUUUCUUCGUCGAAUGAACGAGGGCCCGAGAAUUGUAACGAGAAAUCGACGUCGAGACGGGCCUACUUAAAUCAUUCGAUGGCAAAAUAAAUAACGUGAUGUCAAUUUUUGACGUGAUAGCCGGAGACACUGAUUGCGAAUAAACACGUCUUAUGUAGAACUCUUUCGAACGAGAAUAGAUAUUACUAUAGAUAUCGAUGUUUCUCUACGUUUCAAAAUUAUUUUCAUCGUUUUUCGAUGGGUAGGGGAUAUUCGAUAAGGGGAAAAAAAAAGAACAGAAAAGAAAAGAAAAAUGCAAUAAAAUACUCUGUCUUACGUUUUCGCCGCCUAUCGACCUUAAUCGUAAAUAAUCUAAUAUUCUUUUGAUUUAUUUUUUGGACUUUAUAAAAAAAAAAAAAAAAUACUAAAAUCAUUUUUGAUUAACGCUUUCUAUCUGCUUUUGCUUUUCUUUUCGUUUCUAUGCUUUUUCCUUCUGUCUCUCUUUUUUUUUUUUUCUUUCUUUAUCUUUGCCGUUAGCUAUCUCGGUAAUAAAUAAACUUAUACGCUUAUCCAAACUAAUACUUGUGUGAAACGAGAUCAAUCUUUUAAGGUAAUUUUCAACGGCGUAAUUGUUAAUGUUCCAAUAAGACCGACUGCUCUGUGUAUAACUCAUGUUUAGUUUAUAGUAAAAAAGCAAGUUCUUUAAAGGAUUCCGCAACCGACGUCCACCUAAUAGGCUAUAUCUAUAUAUCUUUACUCUAUGAGAACAUUUAAUGCCGCUUAAGUGUUCGUAUAACGUUCUAUGGCACGUAAAAUAGAGAAAAGAGAGAGAAAUAGAGAGAGAGAGAGAGAGAGAGAGAGAGAGAGAGAGAGAGAGAGAGAGAGAGAGAAACGAAUGAAA